UGUCCUCAGCGAUGCAUAGCAAUCGGAAAGAGCAUUUGUACAAAAUCCUUGUCAUCGGUGAUUUGGGAGUAGGGAAGACCAGCAUCAUCAAACGGUAUGUGCAUCAGACGUACUCCACUAACUACAGAGCGACCAUCGGGGUGGAUUUUGCGCUCAAAGUUCUCAACUGGGACUCAGAGACCGUCCGGCUGCAGUUGUGGGACAUCGCAGGUCAGGAGCGGUUCGGGAACAUGACACGGGUUUAUUACCGAGAGGCCAUGGGGGCGUUCAUUGUUUUUGAUGUUUCCAGACCCACCACGUUUGAGGCUGUCUCCAAAUGGAAGGAGGAUCUGGACUCAAAAUUAAUACUUUCAAAUGGUCAGAGUAUCGCCACAGUGCUCCUGGCCAAUAAGUGCGACCAAAAUAGAGACUUUCUGACUAACAACAGCCUGAAGAUGGACCAGUACUGCAAGGAGAAUGGAUUUGUGGGCUGGUUUGAGACAUCUGCUAAGGAAAACGUCAACAUUAAUGAAGCUGCCAACUUCCUUGUGAAACACAUAAUUGCCAGUGAGAAUGAUAUCUUGAAAUCAGUGGUUCCAGAUACCAUCUCUCCUCAGCUCCACUCUGAUAAAGAAAUGACCUGUUCUGCAUGUUUCAAACCCUGAGAGAAGGUGGCAGCAAUCUAUGGCAGCAGUAUUGGUGGUCCUUGGACUGAAGAGGAUGACCUUCACACCCUCAUCCCUCUGAUUCCAGCACUAUGGUCAACCAUUGAUGAGCCGCAACCACCACAGAGAUCUGUCUGUUAGUUACAGCAUUAAACUACAGACACUUUGAGCUCGCACACAGAGUAAAUGUAUUUAUGUUUGAAGCUGCACUUUUCGUUUUUUGGUCUUUUUGUGUUAUUUAUGUCUAACAAAACCUGGGGAGUUCUGGACUGGCAUGCUUGACUGAACAAGGUGAGAGAUUAGAACUUCUUUCUGUCAGACACAGACAGCUGAUUAUGCUUUCAGAAACAGAAAUGUUUUGUCAGUAUGUACAUCAAAAUAUAGCUAUUAUUUCUGGUUCUGGUGGACUGAGUUUUAAUAACCCCAGUGUUAUAUGAAAAAUAA